CGCCUCCCGUGGGAAAGUGGCCUUUGAAUUUCCCAGCUCGUGGGAGGGAGAUCGGGGGCCAGCGUCCGCCAUCGCCAGGCAGAAGCAUCGAUCCAGUCGGCCGUAGCUCAGAGAAAGAAAAUGGCGGCAGAGCUCAGGGAGAAAUCGGCUCCGAGUCCUUUGAAGGCCGAGCAAGGGAAAGGGAGGCAGAUGGGAGAACGCCUCCUGGCGGGGCCCGCGAAAGAGAAAGGAGUGGGCCCGGGCUCCCGCCUGAUUCACACAGGCCGCAUCCAGGAUUUCUGGGAGAGGGCCGAUCCCGAGAAAACAACCCCGGAACCCUGUAGGAACCUGCAGCAACGGUGGGAAUCUCAGCUUCAGGAAUUCUUGAAGGUUCUGGAAGCUCCUUCCUUGGAAGGGGGAAGCCCUCAGCCUCGGAUGCCUCUGCCCGGAAGUGACCCUCGCCCGUCCCUGACCUCCUUCCGAGGGAGAGCCGGUUGCCCCCAGCAGCCUCGAGUCGAGAGGGGGACCCAGCUCACAAUCAGCCUGAGUGGAGAAGCCCACAGGAUGGAGCCUCCUAAGAGGCUUCACGGUCAGAAAGCUGCCAGGCUCCCCCGGGGCCAGCAGGCCAUCAGCUGGAACGACGAAUGCUGCCUCUUCCGGCAGUUCGGCUACCAGGAAGCCAACGGGCCUCGGGAAGCCUGCCGUCACCUCCGAAGGCUCUGCCACCAGUGGUUGAAACCCGAGCAGCACACCAAAGAGCAGAUCCUGGAGAUGGUGGUGCUGGAGCAGUUCCUGGCCAUUCUGCCCCUGGAACUGCAGGGCUGGGUGCGGGAGUGCCGCCCUCUGACUUGCACCCAGGCUGUGAUCCUGGCGGAGGAUUUCCUGCUGCGAGAGCAAGAGAGCAAAGGCCAGGAAGAGCAGGCCAUCAGCCUCAUGGAGAAGGACCAUUUGACCGAGAAGGCCCCCCCGGAAAGCUGGCAGAGACCCUCCCUUAGAGAGACGAAGCGGGAGAGCGACCGACCCGUGGUGCUGUUGGAUGAGGAGGAGUUCUGCGAGGAAGACAGCGAGGAUCGAGAGUCGGGUUGGGAGUGGUCCGGAAGAGGCGAGCCCGGCAUCUCCUGUUCUCCCAAUCCGGGAGAAGCAUCCGAAACUCUCUACUGGAACAGCGAGGAGAAGGCGGAGGGCAAAUUCAUCAACUCCCAGGGGACCUACGAGGACUUGGACGAGAGCGUCCUGCAGCCCAGCCUCUUUCCCAGCGAGCCGGACAACACCUGUCUGAUUUGCCGCAAAGUCUUCCGGCGCCGUUCCAACCUCAUCGCCCACGAGCGGACCCACUCCGGCGACCAGUGGUACAACUGCUCGGAGUGCGGGAAGAGCUUCGUCAGCCGGGCCGCCUUCCUCAUCCACCAACGGGUCCACACGGGGGAGAAGCCCUACAAGUGCUCUUACUGCGGGAAGGGCUUCAACACGGGCUCGAGCCUCACCCGCCACAAGCGCAUCCACACGGGCGAGAAACCCUACAAGUGCCUGGAUUGCGGGAAGCGUUUCAAUGACUACUCCAACUUCAUCGUCCACAAGCGGAUUCACACGGGCGAGAAACCGUACGAGUGCUCGAUCUGCGGGAAGCGGUUCAGCGAUAACUCGAACUUUAUCAAGCAUCACCAUUGAGAGGCGGCCUGAUGGGCUGGUAGCGUCGUUGUGUCUUUUUCUCUCUCUCUCUCUCUCUCUUUUCUUCCUCCAGUUGAUGAGAAACACAACAGAAUCGCCAUUAGGGGCGGCAGAGACAGACCUACGAUCACGAAAGCAUUUCUGCCUAUAGAUGUGCCAGACGUGGGUUUCUGCAGCCUCGGUUGACUCGAGUGAUUUGAGGUUCUUCUUGGGUUAGGAUGCUACUCUGAAGAGGCCAAAAACUUCUUCCAUUUCUAUUCCAAAGGUGUGGUUUUUUUCCCAAGAGGCAACUGAGCUUUCUGGUUUUUCUUUGAAGGCGUUUUACUUCUUGUCCUUUGGAUGGUGAGGAAUGGAAGGAUUUCUCUUCCUUGCAGACAGCUGGUCAUUUGCAUUCAAAGAUGAUUAGGGGACUGGAUGCUAAAAUAUAUGAAGAAUGGUUGCAGGAACUGGGUAUGCCUAGUUUAAAGAAAAGAAGGACUAGGGGAGACAUGAUAGCAGUGUUCCAAUAUCUCAAGGGCUGCCACAAAGAAGAGGGAGUCGGGCUGUUCUCCAAAGCACCUGAGGGUAGAACAAGAAGCAAUGGGUGGAAACUGAUCAAAGAAAGAAGCAACUUAGAACUAAGGAGAAAUUUCCUGAUAGUUAGAACAAUUAAUCAGUGGAACAAUUUGCCUCCAGAAGUUGUGAAUGCUCCAACACUGGAAGUUUUUAAGAAGAUGUUGGAUAACCAUUUGGCUGAAGUGGUGUAGGGUUUCCUGCCUGGGCAGGGGGUUGGACUAGAAGACCUCCAAGGUCCCUUCCAACUCUGUUAUUAUUGUUAUUAUUAUUCUUUUAAUGAGUCGUUGAGGCCACUUGGAGGUUUAUAUGUCUCCUCAGGGUCACUUGAGUGGUGCAAAUGGGCGUGGAGCCUUUUUGGAACUGCCGGAAGGACUGCGUUGUAGACUACUGGAGAUAGAUGAUGUCAUCUCCUUCCCCCAUCUGUGACCCUCAGGACACAGAUAAAACUCCAGGCGGCCUCAACGACUCUCUACAAAGAAUGCAAAUGACCAGCUGUCUGCAAGGAGUAUAAAUCCUUCCAUUCCGCACCACCCGGUCAGAGCUGAAUGAAGAAGCUACGUGGAUGAGAAGCGAAAGAUCUUCAAAGAAAAAAACAAAACCAGAAAGUCCACUUGCCUCUUGAAAAAGCACCUUUGGGUCAACCAUGAACUGGAUGGCUGUGAGAAUCUCCAUAGACUUCCAUUUGUAUCAGUUCGUUUUUCCACCCCUCUUCAAUUGCACUUCCCACAACAUUUAA